AUGAUAGAUGAACGUAAAAUGUUUACUCCAAUACAAUUAUUUGGAAGAGAAAUUGAUGAAAAGUUUAACACAAACAAUGUUCAAAAACACUUUCAAAAAGUGAUUGAAUGUUAUCACAAAAAAGAAAUACAAACAUUUAAUGAUUUCUUUUAUGCACUAUCAGUGAUACUACCUCGUUCUACUAUUGGAAGUUUUAAACAAAUGAUACGAAGCCUUGACUUACCACAACUUGGAAAGAUACCUGUAAUAAAUAAAUUUUUUCGAGAUGUUUCUUUAAUAGAUCCACAAUCAGGAACAAAAGUAGGAAAUGUUUUAAGUAAAAUGAAUCCAACAACUAAUCCUGAAAGUAUCAUUAAAGUAGCUGAAUUAUCACUAGGCAAAAAGGAAGAAAAUUUUCAAGAAUUUAAGAAUGUACUUGAAAAGGUGUGUAACUCAAAACCAAGUGCUUUUGUUAUUCAACAUUUUGGGGGAGAUGGUUUUGGAAUAUUUAUAGAUGAAGAUGAAACAGGAAAUGGGUUUGUUGAAGGGAGAAUUGAAGAAAGAAAUGAAAAGAUGGAGGACUGUGAUGAGAAUGAACUAGAAAGAAAAAGUGAAGCAGAGAGAUUGAUCAGAGAAGCCUUUUCUGAUGGAGAAGAAAAGUUAGAAAAAGAAGUGACUCAUAUGACAUCUAAGCAAACACCUGUCAUUGAAAAUCAAAAUAGUUUAUCAAAACAAAUUGUCCAAGAACAAAGUAAUGAAGCUGGUAUUAUCAAUUCAACCAAUACUUUUGCUCAUGAAAAUGAAGAAAAAACAAAAGAACAAGAGAAUAAAAGCCAAAUUGGAAAGAAAGAAGAAAGUCCUACUUCUAAACCAUUCUCUUUAAAUACAAUAAUUCAAGAAAAAGAACAAGAACAAACACAACAAGCAUUAGACAAAAUAAUUAAAGAAAUACAAACUAAAAUAAUGAAAGGAUAUGUUUUAGAGAAGAAUGAAACAAAUGAAAGACUGCUGAAAGAACUAUCACAAUUAAUUCAUUUUAAUUUAUAA